CGCCGUCGCACGCCCACGCGAGCGCCACACACCUCCGCGCGCGAAGGACGCGAACCGCGAACGGAGCGGAAGAAGCCGCGGGAAGACUCGAGUAGAGAAGAGCGAACAUGGUGCAGGUGUACACGGAGCCGUUCGCGAGGCGGCACUACGCGCCGUAUCUCUCGGUCGGAUUCCUGUACCGGCCGCUGUGCAUAAUCGUCUCGUUCGUCCUCGCGUUCACCGUCUGCCUCACCGUCGGCGGUCUGUGGGUCAAGACGCACUCGUACAUCGUCCAGCCGAGCGUGCGAUUCAAGUACGACGCGCUGAUGAUCUUCGAGACGAACCAGACGUCCAAGUACAGGGUGUGGAGCACGAUGGCGUCGGUGAACCAGCUCCACGCGAAGCACCUCGCGAGCGUGGACAUCAGCGCGAGCGAGCAAGACGUCAACUCGGACGGAAAGAUCGAUCUGAUCGAUAUCGAGUGCGUCGUCGCCGGCCUCGCCGGCGUGAAGAAGGUGACGGCGUUGUUCGCGUUCGACUACGAACUCGCCGGGACCGUGACGAUGGCGAUGAACUCCAUGGCGUACGUCCAAGGGUCGAGCCCGACGUCCGGGAGCGGGAUGUUCGUGGACGGGUACCUGAAGCUCGAGCAGAUGGACGCGAUCAGGGCGGACACGAGCCGGUACGAUUACAACUACUCGGUGUUUCCCUUCGCGGAGCACGGCGAGCUCGUGACGCAGAUGAGGGAGGCGACCGAGCUUCAGAUCGCGACGGUGAUGAACGCGUACAUCGCCCGGAACGAGACGACGCACUACGACUACAAGUAUCCGGUGUGGAUGUCCGCGGAGUCGCCGGACUUUACGUUUCAAGCGCGGAUUCGAAUCCCGGCGUCGCAGCAAGUGUUGUACCGCCCCGGGUUCUUAGAGCUGUGCAAAUACGCGUGGGUGCAAAUCUUGAGCACGUAUCUCAUCUUCUGGUGGCUGUUCACGAAGUUUGAGUGGGUCGUGUUCCACUUCAGGAUCGUCCCCACGCGGGUCGUGUCCGACUUGCAGACGAAGUCGCACCGGUUCUGAGAAGCGAGCGACGCGCUCUCGGAGAGAUCCAUCCGGUCCUCUUCUUGUAUAUACAUACACAAAGCUACACU